AACACACAUCCCUCGAUGUAAAGGGUAGCCCGUUGAUAAAAGAUCAGGUAUCUCCGAGGACUCACAGUAUAACCUCGGGCCGAGACGUCGCAUCUAAAGACACCAUUGAUCGCUCAGACGCGUAUCCAAGUUCAGAUUCGUCGGACAGGUGUCCCCCGCCCCUCGAAAAAUCGUGGCAACCCGGCGACGUUUUUUCGGAUACUAAAGGACUAGACGAGUGCGACUUGCAGAACUUAAGUUUGAGUUCCGACGACGAUCUGUACUACACCCUGCUUAGGUCGUUACCCGCUUCCGAGCGCGAGUCGGUUUCGAACACAGGCGCGCAGCUUCUGGAGGAGAAGUCGAAAGAGGGCGCGGAGGCGCCCCCGUCGGACCAGAUGGAGCUCAAGUACUACGUGGAAAACGACUUGAAGAUGAAAACUGUCAAAACGAAAGCGAACAUGCAAAGUUUUGUGUCUGGAAUUUUGGCACAAAAUGAAAACUUGAGCUCGGACAUCACGAUAUUCAGUUUUGACAACAAGACAAACAAAUUGAAAGUUAUCAAGGAGUACUCGCCGAUUGUGAAUGAUGAGAUAUACUACGUCGUCGAAAACUCGAAGUUGAAUCACGUGUCCAAGCUUGAGAAAAAAGCCAAGAAAGGUCAGUUUGGCGCUUCGGGCGAAAAGAUCACGAACCAAGUGUACACAAGCGACAACAACCCCUUGCAGGUCGACUUCCUGCCGGACGACGAGCUCUACAUGAACCAAACUGGUCGCUUGGGACUGUGCAUGUGCAUUGGCCGCAAGAAGAGGAAGCUUCAUCACGAAUGGGACCGAGACAUGACCAAGGACCUAAAGCGCCUGAAGACGUUCUUUCACUGCGACGUACUCGUUUCCCUGAUUAGGCAAAACGAAAUGAACUUGUUGAAGAUUCCGAACCUAAUCGAGGAAGUAGAAAAUUUAGGAAUCGAGUCGAUUCACUUCCCAAUUCUGGACAAAUGGAUUCCAGACAGCAUGACGAGGGUCAUUGAACUGGUGUGCGUGCUCGUCAGUCGCCUCCGAUCCGGAAAGUCUGUGAUUAUUCACUGCAACGGCGGAAAGGGAAGAUCUGGAACAAUCGCAGUGGCCUGUUUGGUCGCCAUGGGAAAAAAAGUCUCUUCGGCGAUCGAAGCGGUCAGAAAGGCGCGUCCCGGCACCAUCCGAAAUCCGCUGCAAAUCAUUUUUGUGAAGCGGUUCAAAAGGGCCUACAAAGCCUACGUCAAGAAGGCCUCUCUGACGCGCCACGUGAAGCACGCGAUAGAAGAAGACGAGGCGUCAUCCUCCGAACACGAAGCAGCGCCGAGCUCGCUGCAAGAAAACCAGGAGUUGAGACACGUCGCGGACGCGUCCGAAGACAAAAAGGGCAAGAAGGCCGACGAAAAGGCGGCGAAGAAGCCGUCUUCGAAGCCAGCGAAAAAGCCGACGAAACUGGCGCAGGGACCGAAAGGGGGACUCGACAGGAAGAGCGACCAGAACCACGGCAGCUCGAAGAACGGGUAGGAGAGUAGAAAAAGAUGUUGCGCUAAGAAAGUGAAACCUUCCAGCUUGAAGUUGUACAUUAUCUAUCGCAGCUAGAAGUGCGUGACCAAAAGCGUCGUGUGUGGUGAUGUAUGGUCAGCUACCGAUACGAAUUUGAUCCCGCUGAUCGCCCUUUGAUCCUCCAAGUGCUCGGGAACAAGCCGGAGCCUGUCAUAUCGUUGGCUACGAGCCCGUUUCUGGAAGGGCACAUCGAUGGCGUGGACCUGAAUUGCGGUUGUCCGCAGCAGUUCGCCAUGGACAAGCGAGUCGGUGCGGGCAUUUUGAGGGACCCGGAGCUGUUGAUUGACCUCGCCAGACAGUGCGCUUGCUCGAUUCCGUACCCUCUCAGCGUGAAGAUGCGCCUGCACGAGGAGGGCCCCCAAACGACCGCAAGAAUAGCCGAAAAAUUGCACACGCAUUCGGGCGUGAAGGCAGUGACCGUCCAUGGACGAUAUUGGUGGCAAAAAGGCGUCAAUCGGGGACAGUGCGAUUGGAAGGCGAUCGAGACCGUUCGAAAGCUGACGCCAGCCUCCUUGUUCGUCAUUGGGAAUGGAGACGUCGCGAGUUAUGCUGAUUUUGAACGCUACAGAGUAGAGAGCGGCGUAGACUCUGUUAUGGCGGGAUACGGCGCGCUACUAGAUCCAACUAUAUUUCAAGAAAAUUCCAUAAACUUGGACCAAGUCAUAUCGGAUUACUUCGAAAUCGCCGUCAGGCAUAAAAAUUCUUUUAUGCACAUUCUGCGGCACGUUCACUGGAUGAUCAAAAGUCGGCCCUACCAGGACAGCUCCGCCGUUCACGCCAGGCUGUUCUCGUACAAGACCCUAGAACAAAUACAGACUCUGUUGAGGGAUGAGCUAGACAUACAUGUCAGGCUUCCCUGCGUGCCCCAAGGCGAGUCCCGCAUCAUUUACCCAAAAGGAGCGAGCGAUAUAGUGGAUCCCAAAAAACUGAAGCUCUAUCUAGCGAAAGAAGCAAAGCUGGAGAGAAAAAAAAAAAAAAAAAAACUGCAUUCGAAUCGUCUUCCCAAUUGCGAGCAGCCCGAACCGCUAGACUGGCUCGACGAAUGGAUGACACCAAUAGAGAAACCGAACGAUUAA